AUGGGCUUUGGCGAUCUGAAAACCCCUGGCGGCCUCAAGGUCCUCAACGACUUUUUAGCCGACAAGAGCUACAUCGAGGGGUUGGUAGACAUUUUUACCAAUUUUUGUUGUAUAUAUCCAGUAUCGACCUAGCUAGCCAGACAAUCAACGUCAACUAUGGCGUCGCAGUUGGCAAGUUAGCUGUGUUAGCGACCUACUAGCUAGCGAUCUAAACUUCGGGCGAAGUGCUUUACGGAUUAGAUUUUAAGUCAUAGCUAUUAUACACAUUUCGUCCUAAAGCAGACGCCAAACCCGAGGCUAGGUUUUGUGGACGCCCAUAGUAGGUAAUGGUAGUGAAUGCUCUUCGUUAACGUUAAUUGCUAGCGAACUUUGAAUGACGUGGACGGCUGCCUAUGAACGUUGUGGAAUGGAGGGAAGUCGACCUUUGGCGACUAGGUUCUCGGUGCGGAGAUUGCAAUGCACUGAUGGCUCGGCUAGUAGGUUGUAUUUAUCAUUUGAUUUGAGCUUGGUGCACAAUGUGAAGUUGUAUGGUAGUUCAGUAAAAGGGCUAGGUAGCUCGUUAGUUAGCUAUACAACUUGAGUGCAGUUUAGUGAGGCUCAGGUACUAAACGAGGGGUGUAUUUUUGGGAAUUGGAAGGUCCAGGAUGUGCAGAUAGUAUUUUGGAACUUGCAUGAUGGCUCAAGUAUGAUAUGAAAUCACUGGAAUCUGCUCUACAUGACUUAUAUCCGCAAAGUGCUGAAGGCACAGAUCUAGAAUCCGCUUGUCUUAAUUCUAUGCUGACUUGUAACUUUUUCUCCCUGUGCAGGUGGGUGCCCUCCCAGGCCGACGUGGCUGUGUUCGAUGCAAUCUCCUCAGCACCCUCCACAGACCUGUGCCACGCUCUGCGCUGGUACAACCACAUCAAGUCAUUCCAGAACAAGAAGGGCAGGUGAGUCCUGCACUAUGAUCACCAGUUAAUCAAAUGACUAGUUACCCCUUCACUACAGAUCUAGGAUUUGCGUGAUGAUUUCACACCAUCUUUCGCCUGAGUGCCUGAUGCACAUCCUUUUAUUACUGAUGAAUCUGGAUCAUAGAUGUAGAUAAGAUGGGUGAAUACAUUAAUUGGGAUAUCUGUCUAACUUGCCCUCCCUGCUUUCUCCCCACCCUCUCUUUACCCCCUUUUCUACUCACUGUUCCUCCCUGCCCUUUCUCUUUGUCCUCAUCCCUUCUCCGUCCUACUAAUUCUCCACCUUCCCUUUCUCUCUCCUCACUGCAGUCUGCCAGGAGUGAAGAAGCCCCUGGGCCAGUAUGGUCCUGCCGGGGUGGAGGACAAGACUGCUGCAGCCGGAGACUCUAAGGAUGACGACGAUGACAUGGACCUCUUCGGCUCUGACGAAGAGGUGACUGUUUCCUGUUUUGAAUUCAAUCAAAUUUAUUAAUCCUCAGCGGGGUAACUGGAUUUCUAGGUAUCUAUGUCAGACUCAGAGCCAUAGAUGUACAGAGCUAUCCAUGUUGGCCCCAAAUGUUCUAGAACAAUGGCGUUCUCAUAUGGGGAUUUCAGUAAUCUGACAUUUAAAAAUUAAGAUGGGGCAAUGUAUUUUAUAUUGGGCGGCAGGUAGCUUAGUGGUUAAGAGCGUUGUGCCAGUAACCGAAAGGUCGCUGGUUCUAAUCCCGAGCCGACUAGGUGAAAAAUCUGUCGAUGUGCCCUUAAGCAAGGCACUUAACCCUAAUUGCUCCUGUAAGUCGCUCUGGAUAAGAGCGUCUGCUAAAUGACUAAAAUGUAUUUGUAGGAUCUAACAUGGCUGUCUGUUUUGAAAUCAAUUUCAGGCUGAGUUGGCUGAACUCUGUCAAUCUAUAGCUCCCUUCCCUGUUCCCCCUUGAGCUAUGACUGGGUUAUAUGAUGCUCUAACCCAUCUUUCGGCUGAUCUAGUGACGUACCACCUUUUAGUUUGAUUGCCCCAGUGUCUCCCUACUGUUGGGUAGUGGCUGAUCAGCUGACCCCACUAACCUUUGACCUCUCAACCCUGCAGGAGGACGCAGAGGCAGAAAAGCUGAAGGAGGAGAGAAUCGCAGCUUACGCCGCGAAGAAGUCAAAGAGUACGUCACGCACACAUACAGCCAACAUUACACCUUGUGCAAUGUAGACUAGUAAAGUCACAGCAUAAAACACACCCUGCAAUGUUGUGAAGGACAAGAGAACAUUGCCCACAUGCAUGCACAAAACUGGCUAUUCUAUGAUGAUCCUAACACCAUCUUUCGGCUGAUUCGUGAUGGACACCUUUUAUGAUCUGAGUACUGCCAGACUUUAUCAAAGGUCAUUGUGUGCCUGUUCGGUUGUUUUGAGGGGUUGAUACUCACGGUCGGUUUGUCUGUCCUGUGCUCUUUGUUUGUUCUUUCUGUGUGCGCGUCUCUCCACCACAGAGCCCACACUCAUCGCCAAGUCGUCCAUCCUGCUUGAUGUGAAGCCGUGGGAUGACGAGACGGACAUGGCCAAGCUGGAGGAGUGUGUUCGCAGCAUCUCAAUGGACGGCCUGCUCUGGGGACAGUGUAAGUAUAGGGAGAAGGCACAACAGUGGAGGCUGGUGAAAGGAUGACAGCUCAUGGCGAAGGCUGCAAUGGAACUGCAGUUUCUUUCCAGCCAUUCACUAGGGCACAACCUGUGCACUCCACGGAAGGCAGGGACGCUUGGUCUCAAACACUUUUCCUGUAGGUCUUGCUCAAUCUGUCAUGGACUCAGCUCUUGUUUGAAUGGGCGCCUUGGCUAGAAUGUCUCUCCACCAAAACUGGUGUUGACAUCUGUUCUCUUCUCCCCCUUCAGCCAAGCUGGUACCAGUGGGCUAUGGCAUCAAGAAGCUGCAGAUCGGGUGUGUGGUGGAGGACGACAAGGUGGGAACAGACCAGCUGGAAGAACAGAUCACAGCCUUCGAGGACUAUGUCCAGUCUAUGGAUGUGGCUGCGUUCAACAAGAUCUAA